GCACGCUUCCUUGAUCAUCCUGGCCUAUUCAGAUUUGUUUUCAGACAGUAUUUGUUGUGGCAAUAAAUGAACACACCCACAUUUGCCCAUCUCAGUGGAAGUCAUCGUGGGCAAUCUUUGGAAAAAGUGCUUUUCAGUUUUCCAGCUGUCUUUGCCCAAGACACCUAUGAGGUACUCACUAAAUUCGGGUUAGGAGUCCCACGUGAAAGCCAGUUUGAUUCUUUAAAGGCAGCCCUCGGUUUUCACCUAAAAAUGCCUUCUUUAUUCAAAUUUGAUUAUUCACCUCGCUUCCCGGACUUAGCUCUGAGUGACUCAGCUUUCUCUGGCGUCAACCCUUAGAGUUUGAAGGUUUUCGAUUUUUUUUUUUUUUUUUUUUUUAGUGGGAAUAUAUUCAAAACAACUUGCCACAAGGUUGGAAACCAGUUCAAGCAUCACGGACGCUGAAAUCUGCAUCUCGCUUCUCAAGGUGACUCCUCUUGGGGCUGUGGGGGACCGGGAGGUUGUGAAGGAUCAGUUGCAUAAUCAUGAUGUGUCCUCUCCUGCCACGGACGAGGCGAGGCGGUGGCGCCCGCCUGAGGCCGGUCACGCUGGGGAGGCCCACCCUCCCCGGGGGGGAGAGGCGUGCAGAGCACCAGGCAGCUCCUGGAGGCGCAGAAGAAUUCCCACGGGAGACUGGAAAGAAGCGGGCCUGCCCGGAAAGUCGCAGGGGUGGAAUACGACGGGCUCCACCAGUGCACGAGCUGGGCGCCCAGCCCAUCUGGCCUCAGGAGCUGCCAGCGCGUGGGGCCCAUGACCAGCCUCCGCACCCCCCGCCCCAAGGUCAGCAUUUCACCAGCCUGAGUGCCGUUUGCUUGGGGUCCGACACAGCCAUCUGUCAGAUGUUCCGGGGAACCUGGCCGCAAGGGAAGCGCUAUCUGGGAACCAGGAACAGUGAAGCUGGUCCGUUCCCCAGGAAGAGAGAGACCGAAGGAAAAAUUAACCCAGGAACUGAGUCACGCAUCCACGUCUAUCUGUGUGCGGGGAGUCGGAUUCGAUCCUUCCGUCUUUGCCAGAUCGCAGACAGGGUCGUCUCGGCGCAAGCAGAGGAUCUGGAAGUUACUACGCUCUCGGGAACCAUGCAGGUGGUCAUGCCUGUGCUUCGUCCCGUGACCUCCCCACGCCCCUGUCACCACUGCCAGAGGGACUUCUGAUCACUGUCCCCACCGUGGCCUCGCAUCAAACUCCCGACUGCUAAACUCCAGCAUGCGGUCGCCACGUCUCGGGUGCCCUGCGUCGGCCAAGCCUGGCUCACCUCUCCAGAGGCAGCUCCCAUCCUGUCCUGGGGUCACCACCACCCCCCCCCCCAGGCACAUACAGUCAUACAAAUACACACAACACACAUGCACACGUAUACACGCAAACACAUGCGUGUACAUGUGCGUGCACACACCACACACACAUGCACACACACCAGUAAAACGCCAACCCUCCUGCCCAGGCCAGGGUCCCUUCCUCUCCGACUUCCUCGCCUGGUUCUCUCCUGCUUCGCUUUAUUCUUGAUUCU